CACGAAGAAGCGGUUUAUGCUGCACAAUUGAACACGACUUUUCUUCACAAUUCCACUAUUAUUCUUAUCAUUUUGUCAGUCUCAGCUGCACUGUUGUGGCCUGUUGUGUUGUACGCGGUAAUCCUUAGACCAGCUCAUCGUCAUGUUUAUUUAGCUCUGAAUCUUUUGUUAAAAGGGUUAAAGUGCAUCCACACUGCAUUGUUUAUAUUUCAUUCGUUGCGUUAUUUUACGGCGGUGACCAAAAUGCCACUCGGGCUUAAACCGUGUUGUGCAGUCUGCAAAACAAACUCUUCGUCAAUGUGGAAAAAGGGAAACCAAGGGGAAAUACUUUGUAACAACUGCACGGGGAAAAGCAGCAGCAGCGGGACAGCGGGACCUUCCCUGUCCUCCACAACACAGCCCAGCAAUGGCGGGGGCAAGCAGUCCAAACAAGAGAUUCACCGAAGGUCAGCUCGCCUAAGAAGCACAAAGUAUAAAGCCCCUGCAUCUGAGAAGAAGGUGUCCACUAAGGGAAAAGGGAGAAGACACAUAUUUAAACUCAAAAAUCCGAUCAAAGCACCAGAAUCAGUUGCAACAUUUAUUACAUCUGAGUCUGUGUUCUUCAAGGGGGUGUACUAUCAGACCGGAGAUGUGAUCAAAGUAACGGAUGAGGAGGAUGGAAAAGCAUAUUAUGCUCAGAUACGUGGCUUUGUUCAAGAUCAAUAUUGUGAAAAGAGUGCCGCACUGACAUGGUUAAUCCCCACUCAGGCUAGUCCAAAGGACCAGUUUGACCCAGGGACAUAUAUUCUUGGUCCAGAGGAGGACCUACCCAGGAAGAUGGAGUAUCUGGAGUUUGUGUGCCAUGCCCCCUCUGAGUAUUUCAAAUCUCGGACGUCUCCGUUCCCCACUAUUCCCAUUCGACAAGAGAAAGGCUACAUUUGGACACAUAUUGGACCAACUCCGGCUCUCACCGUCAAAGAGCCCAUCAGUGGCACUUGCUGAAAAGAUUUACAACAGACUGGAUCUGUUGUUUUAAAGACAUUUCUUUUGUACAUUUAUGGAAAGAAAACCCAUUUUAUAUUGAUUGAAAGCAGGCCAAGGUAUGUAGUUUAAUACAAAUGGCAACAAGCAACUUGGAGCACUAUAAAAGUAGAAUAAUUAAUUAUAAUUAGACUUUUGUAAAUAUCAAUAAACUUUGCCAUUAAAGUAAUAUUUUAUUUG